UAAAAUGAAAGUCGCAUGGAUGACAUGUAAACAAAUAGAGAAACACAUCAAAUUUAGGAAAAUAUGAAAUUUGAUUGUAAAACGCUGAUGGACAGUUAGUGCAAUGUGUGAUAUUGAGGAGAACGAAACACAAAAUUACGACUCAGUGAGUCUAUACAAAGACAAAUCUAAGAAUGAAAGUCCAGCCACUACGAUCAAAGAGAAAUCUGAGGAUGAAAUCCUGGACACUUUGGAAGUGAAGUCCUCGAGUGAUUGUACUGGGGUCACGAGGGACCAGUCUGACGCACCUGACAAAAUAGUGGCUACUGAACUGAAGCGGUUACCGAGAUCACAGAAAAAAAGAUUAAAACAAGAAUUAGCCAUGCAAAGAAAAAAAGAGAUGAGGAAAGAAAAAAGACAGUUACAAAAGCUGAAAAUGAAAGAAAAGGCAAAGAAAGAGAAAAAGGAAGCUAUGGUUCAACCUACUAGGAAAGAGUUGAGAGAAGAAAUAAAGUCUAAGCUCGAGGCGGCCAUGAUUUGUGGUCAAAGAAUUUGCAUUGACCUGAGCAUGGAAAACACUAUGACAUCAAAGGAAAAGAAUAAACUGGCCCAGCAGCUUUGCCGAUUGUACGGGGUAAACAAAAAGGCAGACACACCAGCUCAUGUUUAUUUUGCCGGAUUUGACAAAAACGGAGAGUUAUACCAGGAAUGCAUUCAUAAGAUUGAUGGUUUUGAGAAGUAUCAGGUGGAAAUGACAGAGGUUCCAGUUUUGGAGCUGUUUGACACUAAUGACAUCAUCUACCUCACUCCUGAUGCAACUGAUAUGUUAGAAGAAUUAGACAAAGACAAAGUCUAUGUUAUAGGUGGAAUAGUGGAUGAAAGUGUCAUUAAGAACCUGAGUAAACAGAGAGCGGACGCCGCCAACAUCCCCACCUACCGUCUCCCAAUAGACCGCUACAUGAGGAGGAAAGACCAGAUUCAUUUCUCGCAAAUUCUCGCCAUCAAUCAGGUGUUUGAGAUAUUGGUGACCUAUCUUUCUUCCAAAAACUGGAGAGCAGCACUUAGUCGAGGCGUGCCGGAGAGGAAGGGGUAUGUUCUAAAGGACUGACUCGGACCGUGGCAAGGUACCCUACAAACAAGUUGAGGGGUCAGCAAGGAGAUGUCAGAACCGCUUUAGUGUUUAACAAAACCUGAUAUAAACACUAUAGAUUAAGCCCUGCUUCUUCAUAAGCUGUAAUAUGAAGAAAAUAUCUGUUUAUAUAAGAUAUGUGCUGUAUUUUACUUAAAAACAAUCAUACUUUACUGCUUAUGUUUGUAAAUAUCAGCGUGAUUCGUGGAUUGUUGUCGAAAGUGUCUUUGGUAAACUAGAUAAAACGGAAAAAGAGA